CUCCCAAAUAUUUGUAGUGGGCCAUGGUGAUCCUUCUCCAGUUACUUUAAAUACUAACAACGUUGUGCCGGUCCCUGUGUCCCACCACUUCCCAGUGGACUCGCCGAGUGCACCUCCCUCCAGCGUCAUGCACAUGCAGCAGGGCGUCAUGCCUCAUCACUCACAGUACGGGUUUUACACACCAGUGUAUCAGUGCUGUAGCCCAGACUUCUUGGAUUCAAAAGUGCCAUGCUUUCAACAACCAGCUGCUUCCUACUCUCCUUGUGGCUAUUACCCUGACUACUCAGUUGGAUACGCUCAUCCGAUCGAUCAGGAUCCAUACUGGAAAGCAGGUGAUGUUCCAGAGUCCGGGACGAGCGACCUGGAGAAAGAGAACCUGGACACUAUAUUCAAACUGGUGGAAGAAAUGCAGGCUGAUGCUGAUGCCCGGAAGUUGCCGUAGCGACCAGUCACCUGAUAAGACAGCUUGACUAGGGAGUGCAUUUUAUUUUAAAAUAAAUAUGUAAUGACAGGAAACGUUGCCUUUAAUCCUUUUCCUGACGCUGGUUCACAUGACGCUUUCCAGGUGUAUUCCUUUGAUACGAUAUAACAGAAAAUAGGUAGCAAAUGAUCCGUAAUGAUCAGUACAUUUCACCAUUUUUUUCAGUAUUCUAUUGGCACAUCAUUUUUUCUUAAAAACAAACUUUUUUUUUCUUAAAUGAAGCAAAUGCAAUAAACAAUGUACAACUUGAAAAUGAUUAAAAUGUCUAGAAAUAGGUUUAUAAAUCUUAUUUAUUACUUACUAUUGGCAACAGUUUUGUACAAGGUGACCUAGAAACAGGGUGUAAAACAAUCCAAACACAGAGCUGUUAAAACUGUGAUAAAGGCAACCGGUAGAAAAAGGCAAUAUUACAAGCUUUUCUUCUCAUGUCCAGGUUCUCAUGCCUUGGUGUUUCACACCGACACGGUGUGUCCAGCAUGAUUCCCUACACGAAUAUUGCUCACAAUGAAUGAAUCAACACCUUCUGACCAAUCAGAUUCAAGAAAACAACAGUGUUGCAGGAUAAUAUGUGAUCAUACAUAUUCGAGAUCAGGAAAUCUCCAAUGUGAGAUACAUUUUUGAAUUAGAAUCCAAAUAUCAUUGGAUUUUAUAUGAUAUAACCAAAAUAGGUAGCAAAUGAUCAUAAUCAGUACAUUUAUUACUAAAGGUUUAUUAUUAUUAUUAUUAUUAUUAUUAUUAUUAUUGUUAAAGGUAUUCUAUUGGCAGAUAAUUUUGCUUAAAAACAUUUAUUUCUUCAUUUAUUUCUUCAAAUGUUCAGCAGAAAUGUACAGCAGAAAUGUUCAGUUCAGCAGAAAUGUUCAGCAGAAAUGUUCAGUUCAGCAGAAAUGUUCAGCAGAAAUGUUUGGUUCAGCAGAAAUGUUUAGUUCAGCAGAAAUGUACAGCAGAAAUGUUUAGUUCAGCAGAAAUGUUCAACAGAAAUGUACAGCAGAAAUGUUCAAUAAAAAUGAAACUGGAAAAAAAAC